AUGCUCAACCCACUCACUGUCAUUGUGGGCCUGUCUACCCUGGCCCUCGCCUUUGCAGCGGGGCCGUAUGAGAUCACCGGAGACAAUGUCAACUGCCGCUCGCGGCCCAGCAUCAAAUCGGGCGUGAUGCGCCAGUACCACUGUAACCACACUGCCGAGGUGACCAUCCAGUGCCAGAUCGAGGGCGACACCAUCAAGGGCUGGCACCUCUGGGACCGUUGCUUCGUUCUCGACCGCUGGGUCAAAACCGGCACAACCGGCUUCGUCGCUCCCCUCUGCAACGCGGACGGUUCUCCGCCUUCGAACCCCCCUCCAGUCAAGCGCCUUCUCAACCCAACCCUCAAGCCCAGCUGCACGGGUAUCAACAAUGCCGGUAUCGCCCUCGUCAAAACGCACGCUCCUUUCGCCCCCAACCUUUUCAACGACGAGGUGGGCCGGCCAAAGUUGGGUUAUGGCCAUGUCUGCUCCAACGAAUGCAAGCCGUCCCUUACCGCUGAAGACGCUGAAACCCUCCUGCACGAGGACAUUGCCAAGCACGCUGCAUGCCUCUGGCCGGCUCUCCACCAACUCAUGCUCAACUGCAACGAGUGGGCUGCCCUGGUGAGCUGGACGCUCGAUAUCGGGUGCGGGAACAUGCGCGACUCGAGGCUCGUGGCUCGCCUCAAUGCCGGCGAGAACGUCAGCGCCGUUCUGCAGUCCGAGCUACCUAAGUGGAACAAGGGAGGGAGCAUCGAGGUCCCAGCCCUCACGGACCGCCGCGCCGCCGAGAUCAAGCUCGCUCUGACGCCUGUCGACAUAACCGCGGACCCUCAAUGCGGGUGUUCGGCGUAG